AUGGCGACCAACAUUGUCGCCACUAUUCUUGUGGCGAGCUUGAUCAUGAUGAUCUCAUCAGUGAUCGCGACCAUCGUCGUGAUGCCCUUCAAGGGCUCGCUCAUCCGCUUGCGGGCCAACUACAACCCUCGCGCAGUUGGGUUUGACGGAAGCGAUAACACUGUCGGGCCGCGGCUCACAUCCCUCUUCGGGACCAUGCAGCGCACAUAUCGUCUCGAGGGCUGGUACGGACUGUACAAGGGCUCCUUUGCCAUGCUCGCGUUUACGAUGGCCGUUUCCGUACUCGCGGUGAUCUUCGUCGGAGCCAGCGCUGUGCGCGGUCCGAAGGGAACAUACACUGUUCCCAAGAACGGUGGCGUCGGCAUGGCUAUCUUCAGCCUGGUCCUCAUCAUUCUCACGCUCCCAAUGACUAUCAUCAUCAACCGUUCGAUCAUCACGCCCUACCGUCUUCCGUUGAACCUGCGCGAGUCACUGCGCAUCCUGUUGUCGAGCCACGAGCGGUCGUCCCCGAUGGCGCUUUACCUCACCCCCGGUCUUCUCGCCGUUGUUGCGCUCAAGAGUGUCGCAACCGCGAUCGUUGCCGGCUCGCUCCGCCUUCUGCUUAUUGGCAAUGAGACGAAGAUAGAACAGAUUUCGGUCUGGGGCCUCAUCUUCUUCGUCUUCUUCCAGAUGCUUUCGGUUGCGUGGCUCUGCCCGCUCGAGGUCGUCAUGACCAAGCUCAGCGUCCAGCCAAACCUCGGCAGCGAGAUCAGCGUCGAGGACCCCGAGGGCGAUGUGCCCGAGGGUCUCCGUUUCGCCGGCCAGGGCGAGGAUGUCGUCGGUCUUCGUCCCACCACCGACCCGUACAUGGGCCUUGUUGACGCCGUGCGCAAGAUCAUGGAAGAGGAGGGAUGGCAGGCACUAUACCGCGGGUGGAUCUGGACCAUGCUCGGCGCCGUGUUCGCCGCGCACUAA